ACACCCCGAUCAGCUCCUCCAACACCCCUAUCAGCUCCUCCAACACCCCUAUCAGCUCCUCCAACACCCCGAUCAGCUCCUCCGACACCCCGAUCAGCUCCUCCAACACCGCUAUCAGCUCCUCCAACACCCCUAUCAGCUCCUCCAACACCCCGAUCAGCUCCUCCAACACCCCUAUCAGCUCCUCCAACACCCCGAUCAGCUCCUCCAACACCCCGAUCAUCUCCUCCAACACCUCGAUCAGCUCCUCCAACACCCCGAUCAGCUCCUCCGACACCCCGAUCAGCUCCUCCAACACCCCUAUCAGCUCCUCCAACACCCCUAUCAGCUCCUCCAACACCCCGAUCAGCUCCUCCAACACCCCGAUCAUCUCCACCAACACCUCGAUCAGCUCCUCCAACACCCCGAUCAGCUCCUCCGACACCCCGAUCAGCUCCUCCAACACCCCUAUCAGAUCCUCCAACACCCCGAUCAGCUCCUCCAACACCCCGAUCAGCUCCUCCGACACCCCGAUCAGCUCUUCCAACACCCCGAUCAGCUCCUCCGACACCCCGAUCAGCUCCUCCGACACCCCGAUCAGCUCCUCCGACACCCCGAUCAGCUCCUCCAACACCCCGAUCACCCCUAUCAGCUCCUCCAACACCUCUAUCAGCUCCUCCAACACCCCGAUCAGCUCCUCCAACACCCCUAUCAGCUCCUCCAACACCCCUAUCAGCUCCUCCAACACCCCGAUCAGCUCCUCCAACACCCCGAUCAUCUCCUCCAACACCUCGAUCAGCUCCUCCAACACCCCGAUCAUCUCCUCCA